AUGUUGCCCGCUCAACGCAAGAAGGUUGACAUGAGCACCAUGACCGAGGAAGAGCAGAAACUCUUCCGCCUUUAUGGCAAGCUUCCUACCCACAAGAACGUGCUAACCAAAGUACAAAAGGAUCGGAAAUAUUUCGACUCGGGUGACUAUGCCCUCUCCAAAGCAGGUGUGACUUCUCAAGCCGCAGUUGGCACCGCUAUCCCUCACCCUGAAAAUAUUCCACACGUUACUCCGUCCCCUCAUCCCAAUAUCCACUCUCCUGCUCCCCUCUCGACCUCGCCUACCGGUCAGACUGGCAGUCCCAUCAAGGAACUUGUUUCUGAUUCGAGCCAAACCUCUCCUCCUGAGCAAAUCCAGGUCCCCAUUAUUUCCAAGCCGGUUCCGAACGGCGCGGCGGCCGCGGAAUCCAAUUCGUCCCCUAUCCCGGUUUCGCCUCCUCAAUCCGGCCAGUAA